AAGCAAUUGAUUAAGCAAAACCGGUUUGGUUAACCUUGUCUCUCUCUCUAACACACAGCACACAAUUCCGUUGGUCGACGUCUUAAGUUUCCCAGCGAAAUCAAAGGUUGUCCCUUCGUCUGCUUCUGUGAGCUUUCUCUCUGUUCCACCAUUAAUCUUUCCCCUUUUUCUCUUAUUCAAACUUUUUCUUCUUCUUCGGGACAAAUUUUUUUGGUGCCUUUUUCUUUCUUUCUUCCUUCCUCCAUGAUCUUUCUCUUCUUUGUGACUUCGCCUCCUCUGUGCUCAUUUUCAUGAAUUCUUCUCUUGUUUCGACGCAAAGACCCAUAUUUUUCUCUGUUUCUGCUGCGAAAGACCCUUUUUAAAAAAAAAUCUUCCGUUACAGUGAAUUUUGUUGUCUAGAGAGAGACUCUGUGUCCGAAUUUAGACGUCCCCCAUCUUCAAAGAUUGAAUUUUUUCUGCUCUUCUUCUUCUUCUUCUUCUUCUUCAUCUUUUAUAACCAAUCCCUUGCUAUAAGUAAUUCAUCAGGUGAUUGAAGAUGGGUAGGGUUAAGUUGAAGAUUAAAAGACUUGAGAGCACAAGCAACAGGCAAGUUACAUACACGAAGAGAAAAACUGGGAUAUUGAAGAAAGCCAAAGAGUUAUCGAUUUUGUGUGAUAUUGAUAUUGUCCUUCUUAUGUUUUCUCCUACCGGAAGGGCUACUGCUUUCCAUGGAGAACACAGUUGCAUUGAAGAGGUUAUUUCCAAGUUUGCGCAAUUAACUCCACAAGAAAGGACAAAAAGGAAACUGGAGAGCCUUGAAGCAUUGAAGAAAACUUUUAAAAAACUGGAUCAUGAUGUAAAUAUACAUGACUUUUUAGGAGCAAGGAAUCAAACUAUUGAGGGUCUAAGUAACCAAGUAGCGAUUUACCAAGCUCAGCUAAUGGAGUGUCAUAGGAGGUUGAGUUGUUGGACGAACAUCGAUAGAAUAGAAAACACUGAGCACCUCAAUUUAUUGGAAGAAUCAUUGAGGAAAUCUAUUGAAAGAAUCCAGAUUCACAAGGAACAUUACAGAAAGAACCAACUUUUGCCAAUAGAAUGUGCAACAACACAGUUUCACAGCGGGAUACAGUUGCCUAUGGCGAUGGGAGGUAACAGUAGUAUGCAAGAAGCUCACUCGAUGUCCUGGCUUCCUGAUAAUGAUAACCAGCAAACAAUUUUACCUGGUGAUUCCAGUUUUCUUCCUCAUAGAGAGAUGGAUGGUUCGAUUCCCGUUUACUCAAGCUGCUUCUUUGAGUCUACAAAACCAGAAGAUCAGAUAUGCAGCAACCCGGGACAACAGUUUGAACACUUAGAACAACAAGGAAACGGUUGUUUAGGUUUACAACAGCUUAAAGAGGAAUAUUCAUAUCCUACACAAUUUGGUACUACUUUGAGAAUGGAAGACGAUCAAGAGAAAAAGAUAAAAUCUGAAAUGGAAUUGAACAACUUGCAACAACAACAACAACAACAACAACAAGAUCCUUCAAUGUAUGAUCCCAUGGCUAAUAAUAAUGGUGGCUGCUUUCAGAUUCCUCAUGAUCAGUCCAUGUUUGUCAAUGAUCAUCAUCAUCAUCAUCAUCACCAUCAUCAAAAUUGGGUUCCAGAUUCAAUGUUUGGUCAGACUUCUUACAACCAGGUUUGUGUUUACACCUCCAUUGGAACUAUGUAGCUAGAUGAUCCACUAAACUGAAUAUGUCUCUGUAUCUUUGGUGAUUGCAGCAACCGAACUAACUCAAGACAUGGCUCAUGUAUGUAUGAUGACUGGACUUAUGCCUGACCAAGGACUAGUAUGAGCCAUUGCCUACAAUGUCCAAGAUAAAUAUAUAUAUGUAGAGAGAGAGAGAGAGAGAGA